UUUUAUGUGCAUGAUACCAAACAAAACACUUGUUUCACACACGCUGUUUCUAACAUCGGUUUAAACUGAUCAAACUAUAGACGCUGCUUUUGUUUAAGUUUUUGAACAUGUAAAAACCCUUUUAGUAAUUUGGUAACAUAUUCAUUUAUGUAUAUUUCCAUGCAUACUUGUCGGAUUCACUUUAUUUUAUUGUUGUUUAACUUUAACAGAGCGCACUUCCUAGAACGGGGUAAUUUACAUGCACCAACCCCUCAGGCGGAUCUGAGCGCAGUGACGUUUCCAAAGCGGGCUGGACUCAGGGAGAAACUCAGAUGAUGGGGAUUAUACAGAGCAGUGUUGUGAGUGGUUUGUGCAAAGUGCGGCACCUCUGGCUGUCAGGUCUAUGCUCCUGCUGUGAAGGAUUGUCUGGAGAGCAUGGUCAUCGGGGAUUACAUCUGCGUAACGCUGCGUGGCGGUGCGCCCUGGGGAUUUAACCUGCGACAGGAAGAUGGAGACACCUACAGACCCUUUGUAAUUUCCCAGGUAGAAGAGGAAAGUCAUGCCUUCUCUGCUGGAGUGCAGGAAGGUGAUGAAGUGGUGUCAAUCAACGGAGAGCCUUGUGCUGAUCUCACCCUUCUCCGAGCCUUUGCUCUCAUCGAUACGUCAAUCGACAGUCUGCAGCUGCUUCUUAAACGAUACUGCUCUGAUCCCCCUGAAGACUAUGAGUCAGGAGAGACAUUCUGUGACCAGAGGGACUCUUCUGAUGAUGCUCUAGCGAGCACCACGCUACACAUUUUAUCUGCAACGCACAGGACCCAAAGCCCGAGGGAUCCGUCUAUAUCUGAGUCACAGGAUGAGGCCUACUUUGAAAAGUUGGACAGUGAUGCAGAUUUUCACAGGGGACCCCAUCUUCUUUGCACUGAGCUACAGUCUCCACUGUCUGAUGAUCAGCAUUGUCAAGAAUCUGAAUUUAAACACACAGAAGUACAGAGGUGCUUCUCCGCUGGGGAGAUGUUGGAACUGCAGGUUUCCCUGUCUGAGCAAACAUUAGAUGAUGGCGGCUGCACUUCUCUUGGAAGUGCUCGCGGGAUUGAGGGUGAAAUCUCCAACAGUAAAACUGUUGACGAGGUUCCUGCCUCUUCAGCAUCACAAAGCCAAAGCCAGCCCCAUUCUGUCAGAGAACCCCUUGGCCAGUAUGGGGUGGUGCUUAGCUCAGUGCCAGGGCAGGUGGAGGUCAUUUUGCAGCAGCCCUCAGGAUCAUCAGAAGGGAGGGGUACCCUGAAUGUGGGUGGCCCCGAGGUCAGUGGAAGCAUUGGAUCUCAAAGUGAAGGAGAAGGAGGAGGAGGGCAUUGUGACGGGGUUCCUAGGUCUUUUACUGUGUCAUUUGGAAUUCCCGCAGAAGAGGAAACAGCAGAAGUCGAUCAGGAAUCUGACUCUGAGGGUGAUCAAGACAAACCUAAUAGACAUCACGCAAGACAUUCUAGGCUCAGGCGUAGCGAGAGUCUGUCUGAGAAGCAGGUGAAAGAGGCCAAAUCCAAAUGUAAACGUAUUGCUACCCUUCUUACGGCUGCUCCGCCCAACCCCAACAACAAGGGUGUGUUGAUGUUCAAGAAACAUCGGCAGAGGGCCAAAAAGUACACACUAGUGAGCUACGGUACAGGAGAAGACGAAUCAGAGGACAGUGACGAAGAGGACGAGGAUAACAAAGACGAUAAACAAGAAACACAUACACUUGCAUUUACACUUGUGGCACCGAAAGAUUCUGAAAUAGAAAAGCAUCUCCUCACUAAUUCUCAUUGUACUAAAGGUCUGCUGACCAUCAACUGGGACAAAGGACUUCUUGAGAUCGAAAGGCACCUCAACAAUCAAACCGAAAUGGAAUGUUUGCCCGAAAGCCAGGGCAAGGGUGCCCUGAUGUUUGCUCAACGGCGCCAGCGAAUGGAGGAAAUCUCUGCUGAACAUGACGAGCUGAGGCGUCAGGGGAUUCCAGUAGAGGGAGUGAAGCAGAUUGAAAAGAAAAUAGCAGAGCACUCCUAUAUGCAGUCUGGGGCAGAGGGACAUGCAUACAUGGAUGUAAAUAUGCACCAGCAAAGCCAGCAGCAGUACCAGCAGUACCAAGAACAACAGUACUAUAAGCAACAGGAAAGCUACAAAGAGCAACAGAGCUACCACCAGCAACAGCAGAGUUAUCAGCAGCAGCAGCAGCAGCAGCAGCAGAACUAUCAGCAGCAGCAACAAUAUGAACAACAGUAUCAGCAACAGCAACAUGAACAGCAGAAUUACCAACAACAGAUGUAUCAUCAGCAACAGGGAUAUCAAGAGCAACAGCAGUAUACUGCAAACAUCAAUGGCAACAUUCAACAUCAAAGCAGUGAAAUUCUGAGUUCUUUCACCAAUCGUACUGCAAAGCCUUUCUCAGUUGAAAACGUGGUGGCUACCCCGUAUUCCCCUGUAGUCAGUGGGACCAAUCAAGAAUCUGCAAGCCAAGGGGAGCAGAUAGCUUCACGUGAUGAGCGGAUUGCUACCCCAGCAAUUAAGACUGGCCUUCUUCAGGUUGCCGGAAGAAGAACUACCGGAAAGCCAAUGUUCACAUUUAAAGAAGCCCCAAAAGUUUCACCCAGCCCAGUACUGCUCAACCUUCUGAAUAGGAAGGAUAGGAAACUGGGUUUUGAGACAGGACCUGAAGAAGACUAUCUUAGUCUUGGAGCUGAAGCUUGUAAUUUUCUCCAAACCCCACACGUCAAACAGAAGAUCCCACCUCCUGUUGCUCCAAAGCCAAUGGUUAACCCAAAUUCUCUCCUUUGGUCACCACAGAUAGAAAUGAACAACCAGGACACAGCUCAGCAUGCUCAAAAUAGUGUAUGCACACCUGCUGUAGCCCCCACCAUAGACGCUACCCCUGCUCCAGAAGUAGAGCCAACCCCUGCACCUGCUCUUGAGCCCUCACCCCCCUCUGCCCCCCAGGAGGUUCCUGCCAGCAUUACAACAGAGGAGGAGCAGCAGCAAACAUGGGCACUCUCAGAGCAUGAAUCUAAACAACAGACUGUGCCAGUUGAAGCCCCUUUAGAAAAUGGCCAUCUGAAUCCUACUCAGCAUCCUGAGCCUGCCACGGUCACUACCUGGGCUCCCACUGAAUCACAGUCACAACAGCCACCAACCACACCAUGGCAUCAGAGUGCAGUGCAAUCUCAGGAAAUACCAUCAAUUGAUUCUCCAUCACAGCCAUCUUGGGUAGCACAGCAAACUUCACAUGCACAUGUACAGUCUCAUCUUGCUACUACCACGUGGACCCCUCAAAGGCAGCCAACCUGGAGUCAGCCUGAAGAGCAAGCACAAGUCCAGGCACAAGCUCACCCAUCCUGGACAUCACUUCCACAACCAUUAGUUCAGCCACCCAGGUCUCAAUCUCUGGAUCAACCUCAGCCUCAACCACAGGCUCAGCCACCCUGGACACAGUCUCAUGAGCAGCCCCAACUGCAGCAAAUGCAGCCAACUUGGGGACAGCCUCAAGAACCAGUGCAGCAGCAGGCCCAAGCCCCCUGGGCACAACCACAAAGAACAGAAUCUCCACAUCAGCCACCAUGGGUGCAGACACCUCAACAAAAACCCCAAGUACAGCCUCCCUGGGUUCGAGAGGCUCAACCAGAAUACCAGACACAACCGGCAUGGGUCCAGCCACCACAGCAACAAACUCCACAACAAGCAUGGCCCCAGGUCAAAGCCCCAGGUCAACCUCAACCGCCUUGGGAUUUGGCUCAAUCACAACAACCUUCAGUAAAUCCAUGGAACCCAUCCCCAGCUCAAUCUCAACCACCUUGGAUGCAUCCAUCCCAAGCACAGCCUCAAGUGCAGGCCACUUUAAAUCCAUGGACACCUGUACCUGCUCAGGCUGAAUCCCAACUAUGGUCCCAGCAACCUCCAGAACAGGGUCAGCACACCAUGCAGUCCUGGGCAGAAGAGCAAAAUCAGGCUCCUAGUCAACCAUGGGCUCAACCUGGUCCAGGACAACCUGUACCACAAUCCCACUGGCAAACACCCCUCUCAAGGCCUGAACCACAGCCUCCCAUGAAUACAGGCUGGCCUCCAGCUCCGUCACAGCCUCAGGCACCUGUGAAAGUCUGGGCACCAGAGCCAAAGCAAACACCAGUGACUGUUUCCUCUUUAACAGUUAACCCUCAUCCUUCACCGAAACCUUGGCAAGCACUGCAGAACACCCCAGAAAGCCGCAUCCCACCUCCCCCACCACAGAGAAUGCACUCUUUUACCAUUGGUCAAAGACUUUCAUCACCCAUAAACCCCAUGGCAACCACCUUAAACCCGUCAUCCGCAGGUCCUGCAUAUGAGAUGCCAGUCGUUAGAGGGAAGGGAGCUGACAUGUUUGCCAAGAGGCAGUCUCGCAUGGAGAAGUACGUUGUAGACUCUGAGACUGUGCAGGCCAACAAGGAGAGUCGAUCAGCAUCACCAGCUGCUUCCUUGCCAAAUGAGUGGAAGUAUACUCCCAAUGUACGUGCUCCACCCUCACGGGCAUUUAAUCCUAUACAGUCACCUUUUUAUCCCCCAGCAGCAUUAAAGCAGCCAUCUCCCAGUACUCCUACCACCAAGGACAAGAAAAAAGCUAAAGAGAAGCAGAUGGCUCCCGUUAAACAGCUGAAUGUUAUAGACGUGAUGAAGCAUCAACCAUAUCAACUCAGUUCUUCACUGUUUAUCUAUGGCCCAGCAGAGGAGUCUUCAAAGCCUCCUGCCCCUAAGCCAGAGAAUUUACCAUCUAACCAACCCAUUGAAAAUCAACCAAUCAGUUAUGAGCAAAUGGCGCCCAUGCAGCAAGCUGGACAGUUUAACUCCCCAUACCCCCAAGAGGGCUAUGGGAUGCCCAUGCAACCAAUGAUGCAUGAUAGCCAUUACCAGCAAAAUCCAGUUAAUAUUUAUGCACCCCCUAAUGCUUACCAGCAGCCUGCCAUUGGUUUGUACCAGCAGGCAUAUAACCAACAGUAUCAACAAGCCGCCCCACCUGCUUACCAUGGCCAAUCGGCCCAGUCUCCCAACCCUCCUUACCCACAAGCCCCACAGGUUUCCUACCAGCCAGCUAGCAGCCCUCCUUACCUUGCAGCUCCUUCAGUGCCCUAUCCGCAGCAGCCGCAGCAGCCCCAGCCUGCUAGUAGUUACAUUGCUCCCAGCUUUUCACUAGCUGCUCGACCUGAAUCAGCAUCAGGCAGCAACCCUGUCAGUGCACCUAAACCUAAGUUCAUGGCUAAAAAGAGUUCAGCUCAGGCACCUGGAAGAAGCUACUCACUUACUCCACCAGUCAGAAUUCCAUUCAAAGGCCAGAAGUCAGCAUCUACUGCUUCUUCUUCAAAUCCUCUAACUCAGUCCUCAACAACUCCUCUGCCGAGGCAGACAUCCUGGUUGGAGAAGGGACAUAAACCCCUUUCUCCCUGGGAGGCAGCCUCCAGACACCCCCUGGGCCUAGUGGAUGAGGCCUUUUCUCCUCGGAUCCUCCACCAGUCCCUUGCCUCAAAUAUCUGCUUGGCAGCCCAACGCAAGAUGCUGCCUGAGCCUCCAGCAGAGUGGAAGUCCAAGGUGUCUUACCAGGCCUCUCAGAAAAAAGGCAGCCAGACUUGGGGCUACGGUCAAAGCCACAGUCAGAGGAGGGCAUUUGUGUCACUAACAAAGACUCCAAACGUGAUCACCACUUCCGCCGACUGCGGUGAUUACAAUUCCCUGCCCAAACCCUGGCAGCCUCGGAGGCCUGCGACUGAGGCCUUCUCUGUGUCCCCCACUGAGUACAAGAGGCCCACAGGGAAGCAAACCUACAAGUCAGUGUACACCAGCAACACUUGGAGCUGCAGACGGUAGUAAACAGUUCCAACUUUGUAAUCAAAACACAUGCAAAUACAGCUUUAAGACCAUCACUAUCUAAACAGACCACAGAGUGAGUGUGUAGUGAACUAAUAGUAAACAUUAGGAAGGUUUGUUAGACUUCUAGCUGUAGUUCUUCUGAUGAUUUUUAUUUGUUUCAUAUUUAGCAAAAGAAAAUGGGGUAAAAUCUAAACAUUUUAAAUUUUAUUAAUUUGCUUUAUUUGAUGAUUUACUUUAUUAUAAAUAUUAUUAUUUAGUUUAUUCCAUUAUUAAACAUUCUAACACUAUUUGAAAAUAAGUGCUUUUUCAUUAUACCAGUCAAAUUGAUAUGUUAUUCUAGUGUAGAAUAGAAAAUACAAAUUCCAGAUUUAGAUUUUUCAAUUGCAUUUUUUUCUUAGAAAUAGAAAAAUGAAAAAAA